AUGUCAACAGGUUCAUCACCAUUUGUUGAUCAUAGGUCAAACAAUAGCAUUAAUAGUAAUAAUAAUAGCAGUAUACUUAAUGAAAACUCAAUCUCCAAGGCAUAUGUUUCCAAAUUAGAAUUUCAAUUAGAUACCAUCAAGACUGAAAACCGUAUUCUUCAACAAGAGAAAGAACAAGUUGCAUCAGAUUAUCGUAAAAUCAUAGAUGAAAAGAAUCAAGAACUUGAAAAUUUGAAAUUGAAUUUUAAAUAUAUUUAUGAUGAGAAGAAUCAAUUGGAAUCUAAAUUGACUAAUCAAGAACAAGUCUCCUCAAGUAAUAUAAAUCAAUUAUCUGAAGAAAUUCAAACUUAUAAACGGGAGAAUUUGAAAUUGACCAAAGAUUAUAAUUCAUUACUUGAUAAAUUUAAUAAACUUAAUCGAAAGAACCAACAAAUUGUGCAUGAUUUGAAUAAAGAAAUCGAAGUAAAUGAUAAAUUACAACAAGAAUUGAAAGUUAAAGAAAAAACAAAUCAAGAAUUACAAAAGACCAGUGAUACAGCAAUUAUUGAAUUAGAACAAUAUUCUAAAAUAUUAGAUAAGAAAAAUGGAUCAGAUAAUUUAUUAUAUAAAAAUUUAACUACCAAAAGUGACAAUUUACAAAAUAUCAAUCAUCAAUUACAAACUAAAAUAGAUCAAUUGUUACAAAAUAAAACAUCGAACGAAUUAUUGAAACAACAAAACCAAUCAUUGUUCAAGAAAUUACAGAAUUUGGAGAAUAUCGAAUCCAAAUAUUUACAAUUGGAAAUUGAAAAGCUUCAAUUAGAAACUAAAUAUAAUGAUUUGUUUAAAGCAUUGGAUACAGCUAUAACUUUGUCAAAUGAACACAAAGAUAUUGAGAAGAAUAAUGAUGACACUGUUCGUACUAGUAAAGUGAAAAGUUUUAUUGACUAUUGUAAUAAUCUUCAAGCGAAAAACCUUACUUUACAAGAGAAAUAUGAUUCCAAAAUUCUACAAGUGAAAGAAUUAACUAAAGAAUUAGAAGAUCACGCUAAAGAAAUUGAAACGGAUUAUCUCCCCACAAUUACUGAUUUAGAAUCCAAAUUAAAAGUAUAUGCUGAACAAAAUACUAAAUUGGAACGAACAAAAUCAUUACGAGAAAAAGAAAUUACAUUUUUAAGAAACCUGUUGAAACAAAUGGAACAAAUACAUGCUAAUCAACAGAAAAAGCAAGAAAAAGAAGAAAAUACCGAAGAUAAAUCAAUUCUGCAAUAUAUGACCAAUUUAGAGAAAUUAGUCGAUGAAUACAAAACCAAGAUUGAUGAAUUAGAGAAGAAAAACUUGGAAUAUAAAUCAUCAACUAUAACAGAUGAGAAUAACUCCAAUAAGCGUCGAAGACUGGUGGAAGGUAAUUAUUCAUUUAAAACUCAAGUAAUGGAAUUAGAAAAAGAAAACAUUGAGAUAUCAUCUAAACUUAAACAAGCAGAAUCAACAAUUGAACAAUUGAAAUUUAAAAUAUCUGAAUUAGAUAAAGUUGAAACUAAAAAAGAACAAUAUCGUAUAUUACAAUUAAAGAACAAUUUAAUUUCUCAAGAUCAAUUUAUUAAACAAUCAACAUUAAUUGCUCUUCGGAAAGAAAAUGAAGAAUUAAUUAACAAAUAUAUUAAGAAUUCACCUAUAGAAGAGUCAAUACCCAAAGGGGUAUUCCAACGUCAAGAAGAUGAUAAACAAAGAUUACAAACACAAAUUGAUCAUUUAACUAAACGAUCAAUUCGAUUAAGAGAAGUUUUCACCAAGAAAAGUAAAGAUAUUAUUACUGUGAUAGCGAAAUAUUUUGGAUUUAUCAUUGAAUUUUUACCUAAUCCAAUAAACCCUACCGAUUUAUUUUCCAGAAUUAAAUUAAGAUCAAGAUAUAUUCCAAUUGAAGAAGAUUGUUAUUUAAUUAUUGAUAUUGAAAAUCGAGGAUUAAAAGCUCAUGGGAAUUUCCAAUUUAAACAAAUUUGUGAAGAAUUAGCUCAAUAUUGGGUGAAUGAAAAUAAUCAAUUUCCAUGUUUAUUAAGUGCCGUCAAUUUAAAACUUUACGAGAUAUAUACUACUAAAUAA